AUGGAGAAGGUGCGGGAGUGGAACAUCUCUCGAAAUCAUCCACAGUCAAGAGCGGCCUUCCACAGUCAAGAGCGACCUUCCACAGUCAAGAGCGGCCUUCCACAGUCAAGAGCGACCUUCCACAGUCAAGAGCUGCCUUCCACAGUCAAGAGCGGCCUUCCACAGUCAAGAGCGACCUUCCACAGUCAAGAGCAGCCUUCCACAGUCAAGAGCUGCCUUCCCCAGUCAAGAGCGACCUUCUACAGUCAAGAGCGACCUUCCACAGUCAAGAGCAGCCUUCCACAGUCAAGAGCUGCCUUCCCCAGUCAAGAGCGACCUUCCACAGUCAAGAGCGACCUUCCACAGUCAAGAGCAGCCUUCCACAGUCAAGAGCGACCUUCCACAGUCAAGAGCAGCCUUCCACAGUCAAGAGCUGCCUUCCACAGUCAAGAGCGACCUUCCACAGUCAAGAGCGACCUUCCACAGUCAAGAGCAGCCUUCCACAGUCAAGAGCUGCCUUCCACAGUCAAGAGCGACCUUCCACAGUCAAGAGCGACCUUCCACAGUCAAGAGCAGCCUUCCACAGUCAAGAGCGACCUUCCACAGUCAAGAGCAGCCUUCCACAGUCAAGAGCUGCCUUCCACAGUCAAGAGCGACCUUCCACAGUCAAGAGCGACCUUCCACAGUCAAGAGCGGCCUUCCCCAGUCAAGAGCGGCCUUCCACAGUCAAGAGCGGCCUUCCACAGUCAAGAGCGGCCUUCCACAGUCAAGAGCUGCCUUCCCCAGUCAAGAGCUGCCUUCCACUGUCAAGAGCGGCCAAGUACCAAUAUGUAG